AUGAACAAAGCUUUAUUAGGGAAAUGGUUUUGGAAAUGGUUUGAGAAUAAACAGGUGCUUUGGAAACAGAUCAGUUUUUAUAAAUACUAUGAAAGAAAAGAUUGGUCAGAAUUCAUUCAUUCAAAUAGAGGUCAGUUAUCUUAUUUUUGGAAAAAUCUUUUUCUCAAUGUUGACAGUUUCUUAUGCAGUACUCGUGUGGAGGUGGGAGAAGGAAAACAUACUUUAUUUUGGCUUGAUAAAUGGUUAGACUCAUAUACCCUUGCUUCUUUGUUCCCAUCCCUCUUUAUUAUCACUUCCCAUCCUUAUGCUUCAGUUAGCAAUUUGAGGAAAAAAAGGAAUAAUAGCUGGAUAUGGGAUAUUAAGUUCAAGAGGCAAUUGACAGGAAGUUUGGUUUUUCAGUUUUUGAAUUUACUGAAUCUCAUCAAGGAUACAAAAUUUGUUCAAAAAGAAGACAGCAGAAUUUGGUUGUGGGAAACAAAUGGUAUUUUUUCUGUUAAAUCUUUCUAUCAAUUUCUUAUUGAUGGAGGUUUACGUUUUGAUUGUGCAGAUAUCUGGAAGCUUUCCAUUCCUUUAAAAGUGAAAAUUAUGGUUUGGCUAGCUUUAAGACAGAGUUUAAAUACAAAAGAUAUUUUGACUAAAAAAGGAAUUCAGUUGGAGCUGAAUUGUGUUUUGUGUUCUAAAGUUGAAGAGAGUCAUACUCAUUUGUUUAUUGAAUGUGAGUUUGUAUUCUCACUUUGGAAAUCUAUUCAGUUCAAAUUAAAGAUUGGGAAAGACUUCAAAAUGAAAUCCUUAAAAGAAGUUUGGCUUAAUUGGACUGCUGGGGGAAAUAAGGAAUGCAAGAUGAAAAGAGACGUUCUCUUUUGUGCUCUUCUUUGGUGCAUAUGGCAGGAGCGCAAUGAUAGACUCUUUUCUAACAAGAAGAAGAGAGCGUUGGAGAUUUUGAAUAAGAUUAUGAUUUUUUCUACAUUUUGGCUAGGUUCUACAAUCUCAGAUAGAGCGGCCAGAUUGUUAGCAAGAAGAAAGAAGAAGAAUGAGAGACUGGGGGUGAUUCAGCCAGCUGGAGCUACAGGGGAGGAGACCAGUAUCGUGAUUCAACUGGAUUAA